AUGAAGAAUCAUGCUUGCGACUACACUGGGUGUACCAAAAGCUUCACCCGCGCCGAACAUCUUCGUCGCCAUGCUCUAAAUCAUGACCAACCACGCAAUGGGUUCACAUGUGAGCGCUGUUCCGUACAUUUCCAGCGCCCUGAUCUUCUAGCUCGACAUAUGGAGCGCCACACAAAACGAGACGCCGAAGCAGGUGGGCCUGGACUUGGGGUAUUGAAGACUCGGAAAAGGACUCGCAGGGCUGGGGACGGAACGAUAAUUGUACGACCAUCACAACGGGAAAUGCGGUCGGCAGGACGUUCUACAAUCUCUACUACAAGUUCCUCCGACCGUGGAAUAAUCGAAGAUGAUGAUUCCUUUCUGCAUGAGGCACCUCUGUCGCCACCGGGUUCUGGUACGGAUCCAACAUCUCUAGAUAUUGAUGAUAUCGAUGAUAUCGAUCAUUCCGAUCCUUUCCUUGCCCCAAUGAUGCCCGGGGGGCCAUUUGAGCCAUAUGUGGAACCGAUCCCAGGGCAAUUUGACGCUGCUGAUGGAUCAUUCAACAUCGGACUAAACGAGAUGGGUGAUUUCUUCGGCACCGACACCGCAACGGACUUCAAUCUACCCUUCGCUGCGACGGACAAUUAUAAUUGGUUAUUUGACGUCGCUUCCCUCGACGACGCUUUUCAUCAUUUUGACUUUCCACUGGGAUUUGACGCUGGGCCAUUCCCAGAUAUCAUGGACACUGAAUAUAGUCAAGUCAUUGACAAAUAUGAUGGCCCUUCGGCAUUGCUUGAGGUUGCCUCUAUGAUAAACAAGACACAAACAUCGCCACAGCGCCCAAUUUCUCCCGAUGGCCCAGAUAUGAUUGGCAUGGACUGGCUCUCUGGGUCUUCGUAUUUGGGCCCGAAUCCCUCUCCAAGACUACCACAACUCUCAGACAAUGCCUGUCAACGAGUUCUCGCUCUGGUGCAACAGACGCGUCCUAUGGGUCUUGAUAGUCAACCGAUGGCUCUUGACUCACACUUACUUUCACUCCCUGCAUUGCAAAGCUACAGUGACUUUUUCUUUUCACGGUUCAAUGUGACAUAUCCACUUGUGCACCAGUCAACUUUCAAUCCCGAUCUUGUUGAUCCAGUAUUUCUCGCUGCUGUAUUGUUCAUGGGUGCUACCUAUAGCACACGAGAAGCUCAUCAGCUAGCUGUUGAAAUCCAUGACAACUUGCGAAAUCAACUCCUUUGCCAUCAAGACUUUUCUCCACAGCCAGACCUCUGGGUUCUCCAGACAAUGCUUCUUAUCGACUGUUUCGGAAAAAUGAGGGCUGGACCAAAGCAAAGAGAACGCGCUCAACUCUUCCACUGCGUUUUAAUAAAGCUGAUCCGUCGAAGCACCUGCUGCAAUAUUCACGACUCCCCAACUUUACCACGGUCGGAUGAUUUGGAUUAUGCAUGGCGAUAUGCAAUGGUUGAAGAGCAGCGGAAACGCCUAGCAAUGCUUUGCUUUAUGUGGGAUACGCAGCAUGCCGUACUCUUUUCUCAGUCUCUUUGCAUGUCCGCAUUCGAGAUAAGGUCCUCAUUACCAUGCAGUGCCGCUAUCUGGGAAGCAACAACGGCUCAAGAAUGGGCACAUCUAGCUGCUCGUGAGACAAACCGCCCUUUCCUAGCAGUGCUCAAGGGAUAUAUUACUCCUAGCGCAGUCUCCAGACCCCGCGACUUGAAUGUUUUCGCCCGCACAGUUAUCCUCCACGGAUUAAUGUCGGUCUCUGCUGAUCUCAAACGUCGUGACCAAACAACCCUCCGGUCAGAAACGCCCGAAAAGGUUGGGGCCUGGACUCCACGUAUGAGCCGGUCGUACGACUUAUGGAAAGUGGACUUUGAUGCAGACUGCUUAAGUAUGAAGCUCGCUCAAACGGCAGAUCCGCAGAGGUUCACAGGCUUGAAAAUGGCCGCCCAUGCCCUCUAUCAUGCUUCUUGUCUUGCUUUGAACGUGGAAAUUCUGGACUUGCAAAUUGUUGCCGGUGCCAAACAGAUUCUAGGGAGGAAUAUUACCCCAGCUGAUCAAUCACGAUCCCAGCGAAAGAUUUACCAGUGGCUGCAUGAAGAUUCCAGCGCAUCGUCUAUUGCUGCCCGACAUGCAUCAUUCCUCUUACAAGAUGCAGUCUUAAGUCUACACGACUGGGACCAUACUGAUGCGUUCCAUUUCCCAUGGUGCUUAUAUCUUGCUACACUGGCCUGUUGGGUCUUCCAUCGAGGAAUGGAUAUUUCUUCCUCGGAGAACCGAACUCAUACGGACCUCUCGUCUCUGAUUGUGAUGAUGACGAACUGCCCAAGUGCUACUGAGCUAGCUGCUUUGUCCGGAAAGUAUGACCCCAAGCCCCUAGCGUCGGCAAUGGCACAACAGCUUGCCACUGUUCGGUGGGCUGUGGUACAUGAUGCCAUGAAAGUACUAGUUGGGUUAUCUUGA